ACAUUCAGAUCGCUUAUACAUAACACAAUCCCACACACGUGAGUUUGUAAACAUGAGAGUUUAAAGAGCAGUCGUUGACCGAACUCAGGGACAUGAAGGCCCGACUCUUCCUCGUGGCUCUGCUCGCCACUGUGCUCCGCUGUCACGGCUACAGCUUGAGGGGCUCCGUGUCCUGGGUCGUCUCCUCCAACGACGUCGUGGAGGACGCGGACCUGUCGGAGGAGGUCGCCCCGGCGUUGCUGGUGGACAGUGCGGGGCUGUGGAAGCAGGCGUACCCGUCCUCGGAGACCGGGAAGGGGCCGGGAGAGCUGGUCAAACCCGAGGACGACACGGUGGCCCAGUUUUCCUCACGUCUGUUUUCGUAUAGACUGGAGGAGGUGAAACAGAAGCCCGCCGCCAUCGGCAACAGCAGCCCGCCCCCGCACCAGGAGACCGCCAGGACGGCCAGAUACAUAGCCCACAACAGUGACUGGGGACACAUGUCCACCAUUUCAACUCAAGACAAGAUAAAAAGUCUUCCCUUUGGGAACAUCUUCUCAGUCAGUGACGGACCAGUAGACAACAGCACUGGAGUCAUCUACUUCUAUAUGACCCCAAUGGACAACACUGUGUCGGACCUGAAAAGUAACCCCUAUGCUUCUCUCACCAUCUCCGAGGCAGAGGGAGAGUUCUGCAGGCAAAUGAUGUAUGAUCCACAAGAUCCAAGAUGUGCUCGACUCACACUGACGGGCAAGAUGGUGGAGGUACCACCGGAGGAGCUUGGGUUUGCAAAGGAGGCAAUGUUCUCGAGACAUCCUGUGAUGGCAAAGUGGCCAGUGGGACACAAGUGGUUUUUUAUGAAGCUGGAGUUGAUCCAGGUCUGGCUGCAGAACUGGAUUGGAGGCACAUCACUCAUACCAAUCGAGGACUACUUUAAAGCUACACCCUUCUGAGAAUAUCCCUCAUUUUGGCUGACAUAUCAUUCCCGACGACAUUUAAAAUGUAUUUUCAACCUGGUUUUUGGGGUUUUUUUUUUUUUGAAAUCCACUAUUUUUACUACUUUUAAACUUGAAUGUACUUCAUGCCUCUCCACAAUAACCACUUUUGUUUUUUGUUUUUUUCUGCCGUCUUUUGAUUUUUGGACACUGAUUUCUGUUUCAUGGGUUUGCAUCAAACUUGGUGUUGUUUAAAAAUUAAAUGAAUGUUAGCACACAAAA